AUGAAGAUGAAAUUGAUGUUAACUUCUUAAUGGCGAGUGCACCUAAGAUAUCUAAGACUGGAAACCAAGAGUUUAUAGAUCCAGUUUUUCUAAAACCACAGAAGAUGCACAUUGUGGAAAAAGAGAAUACUGAACAUAUAAGCCAGUUGUACACAAAACUGUUCCAGGAAGCAGAGAAAAUCAAGAGGUGGAAAUUAUCCAUAGAAAAUGAACUUUGGCAGAAGGAUAAGAAAUUACAAGAAAAUAAACAUACUAUUGAAGUUCAACGUAAAGCAAUACAAGAGCAACAAUUUGAAAAUGAAAGUCUCAGUAUGAAACUAGAAGAAGAGAUAAGUAAAAAUGAAGAAGCAACAAAAAUACAUAAUGCCACAAGAGACUUGUGUUCUCUUGUAAACGAAUCCUCUUCCCGAUUAGCUGAAAAAAUAAAAGCAUAUGAAUCAGAAAGAGAUGAAACACGGCGACUUUAUGCUGAAAAUUCUGAAAAUAUUGAGCGAAUAAUUAUGGCCUUUGAAGAACUUCGCAUUCAAGCUGAAAAUACAAGAUCUGAAAUUAUAUUUAAGUUAAAAGAAGAAAUUGAACAAAGAGAACAGCUUACGAAUAAGUAUCAACAUCAAUUGAAUGAUAAAGAAAAUGAGGUACUGCAGUUCCAGCAGCAGUAUAAACAAAAAGACACUGAGCUUCAUGAAACAUGGAUUAGUCUGCAGGAGUCCAAAAUCAAAUGUGAUCAGCUAGAGGAAGCAACGAGACAUCUCAAUGAAAACCUUCUGGAGUUACAUGCCAAAGAACAAAAUUUGACAACAGAAUUAGAAAAAACAAAGGACUUACUGAACAAAAUGGAGACUUCUCAAAAGUAUGUUAAAGAAGAAUUAGAAAGUGCAAAGGAAGUCAUCAUUCAGAUAACAAAAGAAAAGGAAAGCAAAAUUGAAGAAUUUGAAAAGGCUAAAUCAAAUAGUGUAUCAGCAAUUGAUGAACUUAAAAAUACAGUAAAAAAUUUGGAAGAGUCAUUCAGAACAGAACAACAAAGAUUAGAGCAGGUCCAAGAAACUUUACAGAUUUCUUCUUUAGAAUUGGAAAAAAGGAUUGCAAUACUAGGAGAAUUGGAACAACUUAAAAUUGAAAAUGAAUUGAAGAUUAACCAACUCACAGAGGCUUUGGAAAACAAAUCAAAAAGUAAAGAAAAAUUAGAGGAAGAACUAGCAAAUGAAAAGUUAGAAAGCAGAAAGUAUUUUGAAGAAUUGGAAAUGGAAAAGAAAACACGAAAUGACUUACAAGAUAGUGUGGUGAUAUUGGUACAUAAAACAGAAGAUCUACAAAAAAGUGUAGAUGAACUAAUGAAAGAAAAUGAAAACCUAAAGGAAAUAGCUGAAAACAAUGAGAAUAUGCAUUCUGAGCUUCAAAGACAGAUAGCUAAUGCACUUGGAAAAGAAAAGGAUUGUUUUGAACAAAUGAACAUCUUGAAGACUGAGCACGAGGAAGAAAGAAGAAGAUAUGAUAAGCUCUAUUCCGAUUACAACAUUCUGUUAGCAGAGAAAGAAGCUCUUUUGCAAGACCUAAACAAUGAAAGUAGAAAAAUUAAAGACCUCCAAAAGAAACUUGAAAAGUUUGAAUAUAAAGAAGAAUUGGCAAAGAAAGAGAUAGAAGCACUAAAGGAACAAAAUUAUCAACAAAGUUGUCAACAGGUGUCUCAAAUUUUAUCUGAUCACUAUGACAGAAAUGUGGUCAGUGCGUAUCAGCGUGACGACAUUGGUGACCCCGACGGUCCAACAGCAUUUGGACCCAGCAUGAACGACCUCGCUCUGCAGAAUGCAGUUUCCCUUAAACUGCCAACCUUCUGGACCACCCAACCCCUGGUCUGGUUUGAGCAAGCGGAGGCCCAGUUCCAGGUCAGGCAAAUUGCCUCAGACGCCACCAAGUAUUACUACAUGGUGGGCACCCUCGACCAGGAGACAGCAGACCGCGUUAUCGACUUUCUGCGUCAGCCCCCGGCAACAGACAGGUACAAGGCACUCAAGGCCCUGUUAAUCCGCACAUUUGGCCUUUCCCGCCAUGAACGGGCUGUGUGGUUACUGCAUAUGGAUGACCUGGGUGGCCGCGCACCAUCAGCCCUGAUGAGCGACAUGCUAGCACUGGCAGAAGGCCAUAAGCCUUACCAGCUGUUUGAACAGAUCUUCUUGGAGCAAAUGCCAGAAGACAUCCGCCUCCUGCUAGCAGAUGAAGACUUCAGAGACCCGCGUGGGGUGGCUGCUCGCACGGACGUGCUUUGGCACGCCAAACGAAUUGGCGGAACCACCAUCGGAAUUAGUGCUGCAACACAGCUGAAAGCCCAGCCCUCCCACACCCCAGCAGCGGAGCACCGAACACCACACCAAGGGAUGGCACCACUUCUGAGUCUUGGUGUUUUUAUCAUCAAAGGUGGGGUUCCGGGUCCCAGACCUGCUGCUGCCGACAGCCAUGUUCAUUUCAGGGAAAACGCCAGGACCAGCUGUCGCUGA